AUGGAUGGAACCUAUAACAGGCCAAGCAAUUUCAGCUACCAAACAGACCGGCGGCUGGAGAUUGUGAGCGGCAAAGGGAACCAAAUCUACGCCGCCGGAGGCGGCGGCAGGUCGCCGGAGUAUGCGCCGAGGGUGUCGACGUCGUCGGCGAAGCCGUGGGGCGGGUUUAGUGAUCCGGAGAGUAAACGAAAGAAGAGGAUUGCCAAGUAUAAAGUGUACACGAUUGAAGGACGAGUGAAGGCUUCGUUUAGGAAUGGGAUUCGUUGGAUUAAGGCCAAGUGUUCUGAUUUUAUUCAUGGCUUGUGA